AUGAACCCUUUCAGCGAAAGUUCAGACGAAUUUUGGAUGUUGGCUGCAACAAAAAGGAUAAUUGGGGGUCUUGGGUACUUGUUGGCUUUUGGGAUCAACGCUGCGUUGCGCAAGACUAUCACGGAGGGUGGAUCAUGGGAAGUAUGCGUCUCUCUAGCGGUCUCUGGACGGUUGCUCUUCACAACCACAGAUGUCCCCGCUUCUCAAGCCGUCUCCUACAAUGCCCUCUGCAGCUACAGACGUCCUUCCACCCGCCCACGCAGUCCCUCGUCUUCUUUCGCAACACCUCCCUCCCUCCCUCCUCUCGAUGUAGUCGGUUACUACUCCCUCUCUCUCGUUCUAUCGUUUCCUUAG